AGGCAGACAGGCAAAGGUUGGACACUGAACUGUGUGCUUGUUUAAUGCCACGCUUGAUUUUUCAGUUUUAAGCUCCUUCAUAGUUAAUUAGUUUUUCACACCUUCAUGGCUGCUUAGUUUUUCUCACCACAGGGGCAAACGUUCUUCUGUUAAUAUGGUCUGCUGUUUCUCUCAUGUGUGAGAAAUGUCAGCUGCUCCUCAUGGAUGUGGACACAAGAUGUAUCAACGACACCUCACUCUCCAAGUGCUAUGAGGAGUCAUCAGGUCCGCUUGCUCUGAUCAUCAUCCCUUCUCUGUUAGCUCUCAGCACAGUUUUAGUGGUGGCUCUGAUUUUCUGCAGUCUCCACAAGAACAAACAAAGGCAGCAGAGCAGCUCCUCUCAUUCUACGAAUGGCCAGCAGAGUGCAACCCUGUCUGCAGCUUCUGUAAGCACUGCAAAGGUCCAGCAGGCUUUGUAUCCCUGGGAAAUCCCAGAGGAGUGUGUUCUUGAGGGACUAGAGUUUUGGCAGGCAGGCCACUAUGGCCCCAUUUGUAAAGGUCUGCUGAAGAAGAGAGACGGUCCCUCCUCUGCUGUGGUGGUUAAGUCCCUUCGAGAUGGGCCCAACCACCCUGAAGCUAAGGAGUUUGUGGAGUGUCUCCUGUUCCAUGCAACAGUGUGUAAACAUGAGAAUGUGGUGAAGAUGUUGUGCUGUCAGACCAAGCGUCUCCCCAUGUACCUGGUCUUAGAUGCCUGCAGCCCAGGGAACCUCCUUCACUUCCUCUGGACGCUCAGAAAUAAGAAUUUAAACCCUGUGGAGCCAUUGCAGGAGUUCUCUGAGAGAUCAGUGUUUCUUGUGGCCAAGCAAGUUGCAGCUGGCCUGGAUUACCUGAUGUCAGAGCACAGGCUGGUGCAUGGUGAUGUUGCUGCCAGGAACAUCUUAAUUGGCCCAGACCUCUCAGCCCGAGUGUCUGGAUUGGGUGUAGCAUUUGGAGGACGCAAAAUGGAUUCAUCAAUUAGGCAGAGGGCAGCAGAGGUUCCUCUCAAAUGGCAGGCUCCAGAGAGGAUUAUGAUGCAGCUCAGUAUUGACAGGGGGGACGUGUGGUCAUUUGGAAUCUUACUCUACGAACUGGUUACCUUAGGCUCUCCUCCAUACCCUGAGUUAGAGCCUCUGUCCGUCCUUCCGAAGCUACAAGGGUCUUACAGAAUGAGGAGACCGGAGAAUUGUGGAGGGCCUUUGUAUGAUCUGAUGAAGUACUGUUGGAUGUGGAGUUUCAAAGACCGACCUGCAUUCUCAGCCAUCAUAAAGCUGUUGGAGUCCUCAUUGCACCUUGCAGCAACUAAACCUAUUCAUGUUCCCGAUGUCAUAGACACAUUUGAGUAUAACAGAAAGGCAGGAGUGCUCUCUUAAACUCCUGUGCAACGAAAUAU